GUCGAGUCAACGACCAUCGACGUGAACAUCUUCAUUGUAUAACGAGAUACCCCGAUUUGGCAUUUAAACAUCAGGUCCUACACACUUCCUUCCUUCCUGCUCAACCCAACACCCAACUCACUCCAAUUCGUUACAAGUACAAACAUUGUCAAAAUGGCUACAGUCGCUUCCACGAGCUCGGCGAAGACUUCCGUCAGCGCUAAGUGGGCUGACCUCGUCACCAAGGGCAAGGAGGUAAAGACCACGGCCAGGAGUCAACAAGGCAAGAACGUCAAGACGACCGCUAGGAGUUAUGAGCAGAUCCAGCGAUUCAUUCUCUUGACCAACAUCCUGAAUAAAGCCGGCCUGUCUGUCAACGAGGUGAGGGAAUGUCUGAAGAAGUAUGUUAACUUCCUGACGCCCGACGACCUCAUGGAGUUGGCCACCCACCUACCUGGUCUGGAGAGCAUUGACGGGAUGGAUCUGCCAUACGUCACGGCCAUCGCCAGCUUGAGCAUGGGUAAGAUGACAGCGGAGACUGUCAUCGAGACGGCGGUCAGGGCAAAGCUUCGCUUCGUCGACAAGCCCGCCCUGGCUUACGGAGAGAAGGGCUGGUUGAGGCACCUGUUGCACGCGUUGGCGCAGGAUUCCUCGCGGCAGCAUGGGGUACAGGCCGAGGCGUGGUUUGGGAAACCUGAUUGCGCGCUCUGGCUUGCGUUCAUGGCCCGCUUCCGGGUGUUGCUGUCCGAAGAGGAGUGGUGCGUUUAUUUGUCCCCGUCCGUUCGGGACGCCUACCGCGACGGUUGGUUAGGUGUCUUCGAUCUGGAGCGUAGCGCCAGGCGGUCGGCCCCGGCCCCCUCUUCUGGUCCUGUAACCCCGGCCUGGAGCGGUCUGCUCAAGGCCAACCCAAGGAUCCAGAACCCUCCAGCUCGGGUCCAACCCCCGGCUGCGGUCAUCACCACUCCGUUCCUUACUACAAAGUUCUUCUCCCUCCAGAUGCAAAGCCCAUUGUACCUAUCCCUAGUUAAGAAGGUCCCCGCCAGCGUUAGACAAAGGUCCAACGAGCUGCGCCAUCAGCUCCGUCUGCCGCAGAUGGCCUACAAACCCCAAAAGGGAGGCAUCUCUGCUAGGGGUCGAAGGGGGAAUCAGGCGGAGCAAAGGACGGCCGGUGACCGUGACUCGGAAGCUAGUGGAGAGGUCGGGAAGCCGGUAGACGAGACAGAGGAGGGAUGGACGGUGGUUAAGAACAGGAAACAGAAGGCGGCCUCUCGCUAGGCAGGUAUCUUAGGUAUCAAGGAUUGAAUUAAAGAGAAAUAGACUUUUUUGACGAUAACUUAGCGCGUGCACCGCCGGGAGCGUACUCUGUAACUCUAGGAAUUGCUAAAGCAAAGUGAAGUGGUAGAUGUUGUAUAUAGA